UUAAUAUAAAUAUAAUAUAAAAACUAAAAUAUCUUAUCAAUAGGUUUCACUUAUUGUUCAAUGCAAUAUAAAUCAUAUCAAAAAGUGGAAUCAAUUCAGUCAGUAAUACAAUGGUUAAGGUGUAAGGAGCUUUACGUCUAAAAUUAUUUGUUUCUUUUUCGCAUGAGUCUCACAGAUUUCCAAAGCCACAUCCGUGAGUCUUUCUUCCAGUAGGGAGCAAUAUCUUCCGGGGGAUGCAUAACGCCCUAAAGCAUCCCAAAAUUUAUCAACAGUGAACUCUACGAUACCGAUCAUCAGAUAGAUCUACAGAUCGUACUUGGAAAUUCAGAAUAUUGGAUUGUUGAAGAGCUUUCCGACAAGACAAUACAUCUCUGGGGUUUAAGUCAUAUAAUUCUUGUUCCGUGUCCUCGGAUGGUUCAGUCUGGGCAUCGCUCGUUCGUCGAAUCGGUAUUGGAUCCCUUCUGUAUUCAGUUUCUGCCUCUAACUCUAAACGUUCAAGGGCCGAUGUGAAGCUCCUUGAUUCCUUGCACUUACCAAAGUUUGCCUGAUAUUAAAAUUUAUUUUUCUUCGUACAAAUGAAGAAUAUUACAAUGUCAACAACUAUGUAAACCUGUACUCCUUGAGAACAGACAUUGCAUCCAAGGGCGCCCGACAGGCAUAUAUCGCUCAUAGUCUUUGACAAGAUAUUUCUCUCAUCCCAUGCCAAAUUCUCAACUACUCAUAAGAAAAAAAUGUGUAAUUAAACCUCCAUGAAACAUAGGGAUAAAUGAAAUAAGAGAAACAAACCACUGGAAUGAUCAGACUCAUCGUUUUUCCAGUCCAUCAGUUUCUUCCACUACGCCAUAUAAAAGAAAGUUAAGAAAUGUCUUUGUAUUUUGUAAAAAUUAACUGACAGAUUCCAUUUCGGCUAUGAAACAACGCUGUAGUAAGGUUGUAAUAAAUGAGCGACUGUCGUGUAAUUGUUCAAGCCUAUCUACAGGAGAAGGAAAACAUAAAACAUGUUUCAUACCGUCUAUAUCAAGUCGUUUAUAUCGUAAGCAAAUAUCAUAAACGCAUUCCUAAGCCACGCUCUUGAUCUUCCUCUAAAAGGAGACCAAUAAUCGCUAUGGUGUAUCCAUUAUUCGAGCUAAGAAAAGAAAAAAAGCAAAGCUAGAUUGUAAAGGACGCGAGAUGACGCUUGGAAAGGUACAGGACAGGUGUUCCCUAACGAGAUGUAUGCGAGAUAGAACCGAUGCCCGCAUGGCUCAACGCGUAUUCAUAAAGUCCUCGGUGGUCACGGCUGGCCGACCGGAGUUCCGGGCCCACUUCCGGACGUGUCCGCACCGGUACGGUUUCUUUUUUAACUCAAGAACGCAUCGUUUCAGUUCUAUCAGCGUACAGUUAGCCGGUGUUACCUCGUGGCAUACACCUUCUCCUUGCUUCUUCGCGCAUAUCGCCACGGGAUCGUACAUGCGUUCCUUUAAAUCGCCCGAAGGAUAAACAGGGAGAGAAGAAUGGAUUUCUCUAGACGGGACGACAGGAGUUGCCGUUCGGAUGACUCUAACGGUGAAGUGUUCAAGAAUGUCCCCAGGAACAGCAGCACCUUUCGCAUUUGGAAGAUUGAGGGUUUACGAGUUACAGCCGUCACAGGAAGUAAUAUGGGAUAUUUCCUCUCGGAGUUGGCGUAUAUCAUCUACGCGGUUUCACCGAAAGACGGUCCACUUCCUUAUCCUGGAAUGCCGGUGAAAGAAUUAAAAUCCACCCCGAUUGUCCGUGUCAUUCACUUCUGGAUCGGAUCCACGUGCGAUUCCACGAUUUCCGGGGCAGCCGCCCUUCGUGCGGCCGAACUAGACUCUCAAGUAUCCGCUACGAUUUUAUCAAGGGAAGCACAAGGCCGCGAAAGUCCAAGAUUCUUGGCAUACUUCCGGCAACGUCUCGUUAUCGAGAAUUUUCAUUUCGAAACACCAUCGUGCACGUUGCACCGAAUAACAGGCGUCGCGGUUCCCGUUCUGACCGAACUGGAAAAGGUUCAUUGGGACCAUUUCAGUUCGCGAGAUGUUAUUCUCGUGGACGUUUUAUCCAAGGGGAUCGUGUUCCUUUGGCUGGGUUCACUGUCAGACCCGUUGCACAAACGACACGCAGUCAGCAUCCUAGAGUCAAGAAAAGGAAACAACAAUGGUCGCAUCGUAAUUGUCGAUGACGGUUACGAGCAAACGCUACCCGAAACAGACAGACACCUGUUCGACAGCAUUUUAGAUCCAUCCACCAGGAUAGUAAAGCCUGAUCGUCCUUACAGGGUCAACGUCCCAAGCCCCGUGAAAUUGUACAGAUGCAGCGAGCAGUCUGGUAAAUACAAAGUCGCGGAAUUAAAAUCUGGACCGAUUCUCCGCACGGAUCUCACCUCCGAGUCCGUGUAUCUGAUCGACCGCGGUGAGGCCGGUGUCUGGGCAUGGGUCGGGCGCGAUGCGAAUGCUCGAGAAAAGUUGGAAGCCAUCCGCAAUGCACGUGGAUUCGUUAAGAAGAAGAAUUAUAGCAACGGUGUGUCCGUUGAGAGAGCGGUCGAGACCCAGGAACCCGUAGAGAUGAAGGCGUUGGUCAGGGGAUGGGAAACAACGAAAACCAGACCGCUUACUUUACCUGUGAACUUCGAGCCUGAUUACAUGAACGAAAGGCCUAAAAUGGCAGCUGAAUGCCAACUGGUUGACGACGGAUCAGGUGAAAGAACACUCUGGAGAGUGAGCCGUAAAGAGGGAAUGGUUCAGCUGGAGGAUAAAGGAAUAUAUUAUGCGGAAGCCUGUUAUGUAAUGUGUUACAAGUACGGUCAAGGUCGCAGGAGUAAAACCAUCGUGUACUGUUGGGAAGGUGUUCAUUCUAUGAACGCGGAUAGAGAGGCCGCUUUGGAGACAGCUUGUCGUUUAGCGGAAGACACCUCUGGACAAUUGGUAAAAGCAUGCCAGGGUAGAGAACCACAUCAUCUACUGCAAAUUUAUGAUGGGAAAUUGAAGAUAUUAGCUGGAGAACAUCGUGAUUCUCCGCCUGAGAAGUAUCUCGUUAAAGUUUUCGGAUCAACUCCUUACACUUCUAAAGCUGUCGAAAGACCUCUCAGAGCCAGCAGCCUUGAUUCCAGUGGAGUUUUUAUUCUGUUUUGUAACACGCCUGUAGUCUGGUGCGGUGGUAAAAGUACCGGAGAUGCUAGACAAGCAUCCAGACGACUUGCACCCAGAAAUGCAAUUCUGAUGAUUGAGAAUAACGAGGAUGAUGAGUUCUGGGCGGAAAUCGGAGGCAAAGGCACUUAUAUCACAGAAACGGUUGAUGAUGGAGAAGAGUUUGAGAAACACCUGUACCAGUGUUUAACAGAAUGCGAAACGUUCGUUGGUGAAGAAAUUCUUGGAUACAGUCAGAAUAAUCUUCUUCCAGAAGCUAUUUGGUUGCUGGAUGCUGGUAACGUGAUAUGGAUUUGGAUUGGAAAGUUUUCCGCUCCUAAAUCGUUGAAAGAUUGUAUACAAGAAGGAAUUACAUUUCUGUACAAUCAUCCAGCUGGUCGAGAUCGAAAUACAACAAUCUCUGUGAUUAAACAAGGAAUAGAACCUUCAACGUUUAUAGGACUUUUCGAUAAUUGGAACUAUAAUUUACUUAGAGAAUACAAAUCGUUCGAAACGUUUUGCACGCUCUUACAAGACAAGGAAUCAGUGCCUAAGAUACAAACGUUAUCAAAAUCAUCGAGCGACUUCGACAGUUAUGUAAAAUAUCCUCUUUCUGUUUUGAAAAAUGAUCCGGAAAAGUUACCGCCCGGUGUCGAUGUUGUUCGUAAAGAAAUGCAUCUUACUUUUGAUAACUUCAUUGCAAUUUUUAAGAUGCAACCUGACGAGUUUGUAAAACUUCCUGGUUGGAAAAGGCAAAGGCUCAAGCAAUCAGCUGGGCUUUUUUAACAUUUAUUCGUAGA